CCACAUUUCUCUCUCUCCUCUCACUCUCUCUCUCUAAGCCAACACGGUUUUGACUCACAAAAGGUUUUUUCAUAAUUUUCUUUCUUUUUUUUUUCAUAAUUUUUCCUGAAAUAGAAAAUAAUCUUUCUCUCUCUUCUCUCUCUCUCUCUUCUCUUGAUCCAUGGGAGAGGAACUAUUCCAUCGAAACCCAGAAGCAAGUUGAUUCCUUUUGGCGAAAAUCGGAUACCCAUUUGGUUGAAACCUCCAAUGCGGUCUUCUAGAAGACCCGGGAAAGAUUCAGAUUCAAAGGGUCAUCGUCAUCGUUAUCGUGAGUGUGGAUCUGAUGGUGGGGUUUCUGAAGCCAUCGGCGAUUGUUGUUUCAGGUGUAACUGCUAGGGUUGUUGUUAUCGGCGGCAACGACCCGGUGGUGGUGCUGCAGCAGCAUAGACGACGACGAUGCAGCUUCACUUCUCGCCUAGCAUGAGAAGCAUCACGAUAUCGAGCAACAAUGGCUUUAUUGACUUGAUGAAGAUCAAGGUCGCAGCUUGCCACAUUUCCUAUCGAACCGUCUUCCACACCAUUCUCAUCCUCGCUUUUCUAUUGCCCUUUGUCUUCAUUCUCACUGCUGUUGUUACCCUUGAAGGUGUCAACAAGUGUUCUUCAUUUGAUUGUUUAGGUAGGCGUUUGGGACCAAAGUUUCUUGGUAGGGUUGAUGAUUCACCGCAGAGACUAGUUAGAGAUUUUUACAAGAUCCUUAACGAAGUGAAGACUGGAGAAGUUCCACCUGAUCUAAAGCUGCCAGAUUCAUUUGAUCAACUGGUUUCUGAUAUGAAGAACAAUCACUAUGAUGCAAAAACGUUUGCAUUCGUGGUAAAGGGAAUGAUGGACAAAUUUGAGAGGGAAAUUAGAGAAUCUAAAUUUGCAGAGCUGAUGAAUAAACACUUUGCAGCAAGUUCUAUCCCUAAAGGGAUUCAUUGUCUGUCUUUGCGUUUGACUGAUGAAUAUUCGUCAAAUGCCCUUGCACGCAGACAACUUCCGCCUCCGGAGUUACUACCCACGCUGUCUGACAACUCUUACCAUCAUUUUAUACUGUCAACUGAUAACAUCUUAGCUGCUUCAGUAGUUGUUACUUCAACUGUGCAGUCAUCUCUGAAACCUGAGAAAAUAGUGUUCCAUGUCAUCACUGACAAAAAAACUUAUGCGGGUAUGCACUCAUGGUUUGCACUAAAUCCUGUCUCCCCUGCUAUAGUUGAAGUAAGAGGCAUUCACCAGUUUGACUGGUUAACUAGAGAAAAUGUUCCAGUACUUGAAGCGGUAGAAAAUCAAAAUGGGAUCAGGAAUUACUACCAUGGGAAUCAUAUUUUGGGAGCCAAUCUUAGUGAUACCAAUCCUCUUAAAUUUGCAUCGAAACUGCAGGCAAGAAGUCCAAAGUACAUAUCUUUACUCAACCAUCUCCGCAUAUACAUACCUGAGCUUUUCCCCAACCUUGACAAGGUGGUUUUUUUGGAUGAUGAUGUGGUGGUUCAACGUGACUUGUCUCCCCUUUGGGAAAUUGAUCUGAAUGGAAAAGUUAAUGGAGCUGUGGAAACUUGCAGAGGUGAAGAUGGGUGGGUAAUGUCUAAGCAUUUGAAGAACUACUUCAAUUUUUCCCAUCCACUCAUUGCAAAUCAUUUGGACCCUGAUGAGUGUGCUUGGGCUUAUGGGAUGAAUGUCUUUGAUCUGCGUGCUUGGAGAGCUACAAAUAUAAGAGAGACAUAUCACUCCUGGCUGAAAGAGAAUCUGCAGUCGAACCUGACGAUGUGGAAGCUUGGAACCCUACCCCCUGCUUUGAUAGCAUUUAAAGGUCAUGUUCACCCAAUUGACCCGUCUUGGCACAUGCUUGGCUUGGGGUAUCAGAACAAAACCAACGUUGAGAACGUGAAGAUGGCUGCUGUCAUUCAUUACAAUGGCCAGUCAAAACCCUGGUUGCAAAUUGGCUUUGAAAAUCUUAGGCCAUUUUGGACCAAGUAUGUCAAUUAUUCAAAUGAUUUUGUUAGGAACUGUCAUAUUUUGGAUUCAUAGCCAUGCCAAUGAGAAGCACUAUGGUUCGAACAACAGUGCAUACUACUCUACAAAAGGGACAAGUAAAUACAGGUUUCAUAUAAAUUUUUGCGGCUUGAGAUUUUCUUCAAGAUGAAUUUGAGAAGGCAAGUAGAAAAUUGGUUGAGGGCAGAGUCAUCAAGACAUGGUGGGUGGAUUUUCUGCCACCCCCUACAUUUUUGCAGAUACGGUGGCCGGCAUGGCCUUGAGAAUCAUCUUGUGAUAUAGAAACGCGUCCUCUAUUUUUGGUCGGCGAAAGGAUACUACUAUUUCGUCUUACGUGGGGCUACUGCAUCAAAAGAUUCCUUAUUGAAUAUUGAAGAAUAAACUGAAUUCUGAAGAUAAAAAGGUCACACGCCUGUGUCAUCAAUCUAGUUUGGUGUUGAGAACGCAAGUGCUAGGACAGGUUCCCCCACUAGUGCAGUCCAUCAUUUUUUUUAGUUUGUUAAUUUUUGUUAGCACCAAUUUUUACCUUCACCCUGUUUGAUCUGAUAUCAUGAUGAUGGUGAAUUUUAGGAGUAGUUCAUGAGAUCGCUUUGUUACAGGUCCAUUGAAUUGGGGAACUCUGUAGUAGGAUAUAUAUAUUGCUAUUGUUGUGUACGAUUACUAGACAUUGGAAAUGUGCAGAUAAUUCUUUUUUCCUCA